AUGGCAACCUUGAACGAGACAUCAGGAAUUCUUACUAGUCCUUACUACCCAAGGCCUUACCCUUCUAACGAGAAAUGCAGCUGGAAAAUUAAAGCAAGUAAAGGAGAACGCAUUGUGUUUGUCAUUAAAGACAUAGAUAUUCGCAACUGUGGUUCAUCUUGCACGUGUGACUACCUGGAAAUACAAAAUGGCUUAUCCUCUGAUGGCAUCUCAGGCAGGCGAAGAUGUAGAUCAGAUAAAGACAGUGGGAUAGUAUACCAUUCAGCAAAAGAUGUUCUGAGGCUGACGUUUGUUUCUUAUAGUUAUACUUACUGGGAUUACAGUGGAUUUAAGGCAACUUACAUUGAAGUGAAAUAUAAUGCAACAACCACCGGUAAGUUGUUAGAAAUCGGCUUUAAACGCAACGUUAAAGGUUUAUGUGCGGGUGAUCAAUUUUCAAGCAAGUUAGAUAAAAUAUUAUUGUCUUAUAACAGGCUUAUAGCAACUGUGACAUUCAAAUACUUUACCGAGUAAAACAACGCGUAACUAAAAUGUCGGUGAAAUGCCAACAAUUUUCAUUUGCAUGAUGUUAAAGGUGCUUGGUAGCAAAUCUGCUAUUAUUUAAGUUCGUCUAUUGCAACGCUUUCGAUUGAGUUUUCUUGUUUUUUUUUUGUUUUUUUUUUGGUUCACAGACAGGUUACUCUUUGAUUUUGUACUAUAAGGCUAAAUCAUAGUUUAUUUCUCCUUGUUGCAGCUUGUAUCUCUGGCGAAUAUCUGAAUGGCUUCAUUGGAUUCUUUUCAACUCCAAAAUUUCCGAGUAACUACCCUCAAUACAGCAGAUGUACCUGGAAUAUCACAGUUCCUAGCGGGUACAUCAUUAAACUUAGCUUCCUUUAUUUUCGAUUGGAGCCCAAUCAGUACAUUCCCUGCUAUUAUGAUGCUCCAGGAGCCCGUGUUACAGUCACAAAUGUUGCUUCAGAUGAUGGGUAUCAGCCGUUCAUGCUGUGUGGUCAGUCUCUUCCUCAUCCAGUGUACUCGGUAGGGAAUUCCGUUCAAGUCAUAUUCACGUCUCUGAACAGUGAAUACCCAGGGUUUAAAGCAACUUACACGGCUAUCUCUUAUAGUUCAGGUACGUUGUAUACGUUAUUCAUAAGACAUCAAUGAUUGAGUUAAGAUUACAAAAAAACAUCACCAACAACAACUCGCUCCAUAAAACGUGAACCAAGAAAGUCUUGAAUUCUGAAUUCCAUGCUGUGGAUUCUGGAUUCCGGUUGUCAGUGGCAUUUAGAUUGCGGAUUCCAAUUAUAAGUAGGAGUCUGGUUUCUCGAGUAGAAUCACAGAUUCCAAAUUCCAGGAUUCCGCAUUCUACAAGCACGUUUUGGAUCAUUUUACGUUUCUAGGAAACUGCCCACCUAUCCCUCACCUAAGCCGACAUUAACACUUACUUUUAUCUUAAGGUAAAAUGUUGGCUCAGGGGAGGAGUAGGUGACCAGUUUCCCAGAAACGUAAAAUGAUCCCACAUUUUUUCUCCGAUUCCGGUAUUCCGAUUACCUUACAUGGAGGGAAACAACAGCCAUAAAGAAACAAAAAAAUGGAGCUAGAUCGAUCUCACACUUAUUCAGGCAACUUCGGUACUUACCAGGCGAUCAAAAAAUUGACUCAGAAAAUAUUGACGCAUUACUGCUUGAAAAUGUGGAAGAACAAAAGAGGAAUAACGAAAUGCCAAAACUAGAUAUUGCUAGGAUAUUGCAUUCAACUAAAUUUAAAGAACAAGUUUGUUUCAAGUUUGUCUUUAUUUGUACGAAAGUCUGAUGCUCGAGAAUUAUCAGUUGCUACGUGGAGAUGAAAAUUUUGUCAGCCAAAGAGGACUCUUUCACCAAUUUGAAGUUUAAAGUUCAGAGUCAACAAAGAAGGAUUAAAUUACCGAAAAUACCGUGGCUUGACGCCUUAAAAUUACCAAGAAAUACGGGAGGAAAUAAACUCGUGGUGGAAAAAAAGUGUUGUAGUAGUAUUCGUAAUCGAUGGCAGGAAGCAAGAUGUGUAGUGUCUUACGGAUUUAACCAAGGAUUGAAUCAGAUUUAACCAUCAACACACGCACCAUCGUGCCAACAUGUGUAUUCAAUCAUUAUAUUACAUUCAGAGCACAUGCUCGAUAAUACAAACAUGGGGGUUGGGGACGGUAGACCUAAAUAUUCAUAUACUGCAUUCCUCCCUUCUUCGAAUUACUUGUUGGGUUUAAAAAAAAAAACGAAUAGAAAAUAAAGCCUAGCUAACAAUGUAUACAAAUGUCUCUAAGUGCCCUACAGAAAUCCUAAUACGACUGAACACUCCAAAGUGGUUUCAGUGGAAAUACAACAAAACAUAAGAAACGGUUCAAGUUCAGUUCAGAGUUCCUGUUCUCAAAGUCUAAAAGUUCUGCUCUGAAUCAAGCUGAAUAAAGCCUAAAACAUAGCCUUGAAAUUUAGACGGUAAUCUUUUGACUCUUGUUGGACGUAAGGUGACAGAAUCUCUUUGCUCCAUAGUAGCAUCAUCUGAACGUGUGUACUCCAAUGGGCCGUCCUCACUUGCUCUCUCAGAGGAAACAUUUACAGUUUCUCUGGACUCUUGGUUUGAUAAACUUUGUGUUGCUCUCUGAGCCUCUGAAGCAUCUGUUGACUUACUUGUGUCUGAUAAUACAUCAUAAUCUCGCUCCAAAUACUUCUUCACAUGGGUUACAUUCUGUAAAGGGAGACUGUAUGUAUUGCGUUGACAGUUUGUUCUCUUUCUCCUGCCUCAGUAACACCUUAUCACCUUCUCGAAUCUCACUUUCACGUGCAUUCUUUUGGCAUUCUGCAUACACCUUUCCCUUUGCUUUUCUCUCACCGUCGCGAUCUCGAACCUCAUCUUCGAUGCCGAACUCUUAGAGAUGGGGUAGUUUGGUCCUGAUACGUCUUCCAAAUAAUAGUUCGGCCGGGCUCACCCCAGUAGUAGAAUGUGGAGUACUGCGAUACAUCAUUGAGAAGCUAUCCAUUUCUGAUUUCCAGUUGCGACCCUCUGCUUGAGCGAUACGUAGGCGCUUCAGGAUACUGUGGUUUUGUCUUUCUUUUUCACCGUUGGCUUGCGGCCAUAAGAGUGCAGUUCGUCUAUAUGUUCAAUUCCGUUUUCCUCCAAGUACUUCGUAAAAUGUUCACUUGUAAAAUGCAGACCAUUGUCGGUUCUUAACGAAAGGCUGCGGCUUGCAUAACUAAUAACCCGCAGUUCUUCUCCUUGCUCUUGAACUAGCACGGCCCCUAAGCCUACAGGGCUUGCGUCAGCGAUCACCUUAGCCGGUGCAUUCUUAUCAAAGUAUCCAAGUGUCUCUGCACUGAACAGUCGCUUCUUUAACUCAUCAAAUGAUUACUGUUGCUCCGGCCCUCACACAAAUGGUUCUCCACUUUUUGUAAGCUGGCGGAGGGGUGCAGGUACUGUUGCUUGGUUUUGAAUAAACCGUGCAGUGAAAUUGACCAGACCAAAGAACCUUCGUACUUCCGCAGCAUUCGUCGGUUCACAGGCAUCAACAACAGCCUUUACUUUAACAUCUGCUGGACCAAUUCCACGUGCCGACAAAACAUGACCCAUGAACUCCAAAUGUGACAUCUUAAACUGACACUCGUCUCGGUUCAGUAUCAACCCCCUUCUGCUCAGUACUCGAACCACAUUCUCAAAUCUUUUGUCAUGUUCCUCCUCAGUGGGUGCAUGUACUAUUACAUCCUCAAGAAUAUUAUGAGCUCCGUCACACUCUUGCAGGACUUGGUGAAGUACCAUCUGGUACAUCUCAGGUGCACAACUAAUACCGAACAUGAGUCGUUUGUACCGGUAGAGUCCCUUGUGUGUGCCAAAUGUAGUGAUAUCCCUUGAUUCGGGCGACAGUUCUAUCUGAUGAUAGGCGGAGGUAAGAUCCAACUUGCUAAAGAACUUGCUCUGGUUCAGAUCUUGUAAAACUUCGUCAAUGGUGGGUAUUGGGAUACGCUCUCGUUUUACUGCCGUGUUGGCUUGUCGCAUAUCCACACACAAACAAAUAUCACCUGAGGGCUUGGGCACCACUACCACUGGUGAGACCCACGAGCUUGGUCCACUCACUUUUUCAAUGAUGUCUAGUUCCACAAGUUCAUCCAGUUUGGUACUCAGUUUAUCACGUUAGUGGUAAGGGACCUUCCUAAUCGGUUGUGCCACAGGCUGUACCUUUGGGUCAAUCGGGACUAUUAGCUGGAAAUCUUUCAUUUUGCCAACUCCUUCACAUCCCAUCGGUAGAAACCUCUGGUGAAUUCACGUGAGCUCCCAGCUUCAAACCUCCUAGAGGAAUGGCAGUUUCCUGCCCAAGGAGGGCGUGUCCCUCAUUUUCAUUGACAGCAAAUUCCACCCCACUUAACACACUCUCUCUAACAGACACUUCUGCGGUAAAAAUGCCUGCAACUUGUAGUGGCUGAUUACUACCACAUGCAUACAACUUCUUUGAAGCCUUAGUCGACACACAUGCAACCUUAUUUGCUUUCACAUAUCCCCAUACAUUACGACCUAUGACAUUGCAACUAGCACCAGAAUCAAUAAUCAUUGUCACUGGUAAACCUCCUACCUUCACAGGAAUUUUCCCAUCACUUGAAAUAUUAGAAUCAUCUAAAAUGCCAAAAGCAUAUUCACAAUCAUCACCCUGAGUACCAUCAGUUUCUACCUGCCUUACAUGGUGAGAUGCACCUCCCUUCUUUCCGUCGUCUGUUUCACGCGGCCCUCCAGCUCCUCGACCACUGGUUUGCUUCUCUUUAGUUUUACACACAGCCUCAAAAUGUCCUGAUCCAUAACAAUUCCUGCACUGUUUCCCUCUCGCUGGACAACGACGAUCGUUGGCUUUACGUCAAAUAUAUCCACAACAAAAACAUUUGACUUUUCUUGCGCUCGCAUCCCCUUUGUAAUUCGUCUUUCCCCUCACACUAUUCACUUCACUACGGACCUCACCACUUCCUCUUUCGAUUGAACGGGCCUGUUUUUCAGAUUCCUCCAUAGAACUAACAAUUUCUCUCAAUUGUGGCAGUGUCAAGUUUCGACCCUUCUGAAGUAACUUCCGACGGAGUUCGUGCACAAGCAUUUGCUUAUCACUUGAUCACGAAUUUGCUCAUCCACAGUUGCAGCGUCUCCGAAUUCGCAGGCUUGGGCUUUUUGUCUCAGUCUAGUAUUAAACUGUUCGACAGUUUCGUUUGUCAGUUAACUUGUUUCACGAAAACAAAGCCUUUCAUACAGAACAUUUGCAUGGGGUUUGACAUAUUUAUUCAAGGUCGCCUUUACUUUGUCAUAACUAUCUGACCCUCCUUCUUCGGUCAACGUGAAAUAAAUAUCUUGCAAAUUUAAUUCGGCAGUAUGCAGCAAUAAAGCCUUCUUCUGAUUGACAUUUUUGACUUCUUUUCCCGUCGCAAACAAUUCAAACGCGCGAAGCCAUCUUUCCCAGCGUGCGGAAAUACACCAGCAGUUUCUGAACAGUCAAACGGCUUUAAUCCUUGUGCAUCGCUUAAAUAUACACUUGCCAUCUCGAAUGAACUUCUUCAAAUGACCGUCCUCGUCGCCAAAAUGUAGUGUCUUGCGGAUUUAAUCAAGGAUUGAAUCGGAUUUAACCACCAACACACAAACCAUUGCUGCUCGUGCAAACGUGUGUAUUCCAUUCUCGUCCCCAGAGCCACUCGGCUUAGUUUGGCUCUUGACGCAACGGAAAAUACGAAUUUUUUCAUUGGCUGAAGGGAAUUGAAUGCGCAGAACAAAUUUAAAAAAUCUACUGCGCAUAACAGUUUAUAUCCUGCCCUUUCGAACAGCAAACAUGAAAUGCGUGUCUGGUUUACGUCGAUCGCGACAAUCCUGUUUUGUUAGCAAGUGAAUUCUGCAAUGCAGUAGCAGUGAAAAAGAGAAUUGAAGGUCAAGUUUGAGAGGUUUCAACGAGAACCACGAGCCUUAACAAAGAACUUUUGCCUUCGUUGUGGGCUAAUAAUCUCUCGCGUUCGGGAUACUGAAAGGAGAAGUGAAUGGUUAGCCCUUGCUCACAUAGAUUAAAAGUUAAAAAUCGAGCAAUCGACCACACUUUUUUGGCGUUAUUAAAUACGUAUUAAAUAUAACCAGUCUGUCUAAUUCUUCUGGAUAUUCGUCUGUGCUACAGUAAGAGAGGAAAUCAAGCUCAAGGCCUACAUUACAGAAAUGAUGUGUACGUAAUAAUAAGUUUGUUACAUUGUGCUUUUGAUUUAUUGUUUUUUUCUGCUGAAAGUACAUCUCCUUUGUUAUACUAAUAGGUGAAGAUAAUUUUCUGUUACAAGCCUUUGAGCUCUGAUGUCAGUGUACAAAGCCAGAACUGAAUAGCUUAUGAAUCUUUUGGGCUGCAUGCAUGCAUGAUGAUGAUGAUGAUGAUACCUUUAUUAAAGCGCCAAAAACUGUAAUAGCGGUGUAUAACCACUAAGUGGGGACACUAAAAUAAAUUAAAAAAGAAUAAAUCAAUUAAUAAAUUAAUUAAAAUUAAGAAAAACUAUGUACAGUAUGAGCAAGUGAGAAAUUCGAGUGAACUAUACCUAAUAUGUACAAAUGUAUCCAUUAUCUUAUAAAAAAUAAGAAAUAAAAGAUUAAGAAGUGCAAAGAGAGCAGUUAGAGCAGUUAUUGUCAUCUAAUAGCAUGCUAAGAUCCACUUUUCUGAUGUUAUAUUUGAAGGAAGACAACGUGGAAGCUUUUUUCACGUUACUGGGAACAGAACUCCAUACCUUUGGGCCCAUAUACCUGAGCGAGUGCUUUCCAAAGGAGACUGUGUUGAAUCUGGGUAUAGUGAAGUCAUGAUUGCGCAGUUCAUACUUAAUUGCAGGCUGUUCAAAGAGAGUGCUAAUGUAUGUUGGGCACACGUUGUUUUUAACUUUAUACAUGAGAAUAGCUAUGUCCUGUAGUCGCCGGUUGUGUAGAGUAGAUAGCCCGGCCGGUCGUGUAGAGUAGAUGGUAAUUGACCAGAGGACGAAUGUUUAUCACAAUAUAUAGCCCUAAGUGCUCUUUCCUGCAUAAGGCAAUUUUUUUGUAAAGAUGAUAGGGCAAGUACUCUUUCCAAUCUACAUUUUCUUCCGCGGAAUUAAAUCUUUAAUCAUGUUUAGAUAGUUGUGGAAGCCCUCUGAUAGUGUUUAUUUUAACAGUAAGAACUAGCCUGUGAAAGGAAAGGCUCUGUGGCCGACUUGUUACAAGUGUGUUGCAAGAACAUAUUCUCAUCCUAACAGUCCUUUCUUGGCUUCCAGUCAUGCACCAUUUAGAUAAAGACAAACAAGGGCCUCUAGGGUGAUUUAUAAUGAACAGUUAACAAAGAAGCAGCUAUUGCACAAUUUUUCUUGAUAAACAACAUAAUUAUUUAUCUGAUCACUAAAUAAAAUAGUACAAUGUGCUAAACAAUUUGGUUUUAAAGUUCUAAAACACAAGAAAGCUUUUAAGAAACUGUUUAAAAUUAGGCAUAUAUUAUAAGAAAACGGGCCUAAUGUAGAUUUAUUGCAAUGUUAUGGACAACUGAGUUGUUGAUAAAUAAAAUAAUAAAUGAAAAACAGCCAAGAGUAUUCUUUUGCAUCAUACUGCAGGGGCAAGUGGUUGUUGAUGAUGACAACUGGAUUUUGCAGUAUGUCACCUUCAACAAGGGUGGGUAACAUAAUAGCUUGAGCAACAGUAAUAUUCUAGUUUACUAGCUAUUCCUAACAUAUGCAUAUGGUAUCUUAGUUUACUUGGUUAUUGACAUAUAAUGAGCCAAAUUAAAACUUGCUUCCACUGGUCAUUGAUUCAGUUCUAGUAAAACUCUUUCAUAGUCGGAGAACCUCAUAUUAUAACACAAAAUAAUCAAGUUUAAGUGAGCGAAACAAUAAUUACACAAUUGUAGCUCUGAGCAGAUAUUGUACUUUAACUCUAUAAAGUACCACAUUCAGUUUCAAUACAACUGUACUACAUGCAGUGUGCUUCUUGCCUUGCCAAAGUUUGACCAAACUAUGUCUGAUUUCAGGUCUGAUCCAAAAUUCUAUCCCCCAAUUUCAAACCAGGCCUUGCACUCCACUUUCAAAACAAGACGAGCGCAGCUACUCAAGAAAAUGCUUUUGGGUUGUGUGAUACUCAAAGUCUACUUCUUAAGGGGGUCUUCUAAAGCAUACGGUCUAUAUAAAGCGUAUAUCACUCUACAUUUCGUCGUUCCAGAUAAGAAAGUACAGCUAAAUAGCUUAUGAUAACCUGUUCUAGGCAUUCAGAUAGUGAGAAGUAAACAAGAAAACAAGAAAAAAUGUCCCUCCUGGUUAUAAGCCCUCCCCCAAGCUUCCAAUAUUUCAUUUAGAAGCUCAGUUAAAAACCAAUAAAUGCAGAAAGUAGUUUGUUUCAAAUCGCUUUUUCUAUUCCAGUUAUAUAGCCCCUAAAAAAAAAAAAUAUGUGUCCUGAACUUCAUGGCGAUUAGUCACUAGACAAUCAACAUUCCUGAAAAUUUUCACGUGUUCACGAUUUUCUCAGUUUGACAGCAAAAUUAUUGAAAACUCUCUCAUUGAGGUAUUGAUGAUAGUAUUUAGUUAGGAGAUGAUAACUGAAAUCUUUACUGUAAUUAGGAGGAUAAACCUCUAAUAGAUAAAGGUCCCUUUUUGGUCCUUUUGCAAAACACUGAAUGGCCACCAUAAGCACCAAAUGAUCCAUUGCCGGGUUAGCAUAAACGCUAUUAAAAAAAAUUAAAACCUACCAGUCGACACCUCAAAAGGAAAAUAAACUUAGGAAAAAACACAACCAGUUGGAGUGAAACGAAUAUAUACAUUUUAUUUUCCUGUCCACUUGAAUCACACAACACAUGAAUUGUUUCGUUUCAAAAGACGUUUUGAAAUGAGAUAGCGUUUGCAGGACAUCACAUGGAACAAGAUACCUCUUGCUUUCCCAAUGUUUGUUUUCGCCAAACGGUGAACUAACAUAUUGCACUCAGACGAUAAUCUGCCGAUUAAUUGUCUCAGUUCUGCGACCCAACAGUGUGUUCAGCUGGUUUUUGUUAAUGUCUUCUCCUUUUGACUCUAAAUUAUCAAUGAAUCCUAGUUGAGCGAAAACAGCCCAAGGAAGCCACUCUCGGGAGAGAGCUCAGGAAGUAAAAUUCUUGCCCCAGAGGAGCGAUGAGGGACAAAAUCCGUUAUGAGCAUGAGCAGUGAUAUUUUUAACUCCUGUACUUGCGUGACCGCAUGUCAGAAAUUUUCUGACAUCUGCUAACGGCUGCUUCCAGAGCCCCUCGUUUCAAGAUCACGUCACCAAGAAACGACGGGCUCUGGGGACGAGAGUGUGUGUAUUCAAUCACCAUAACAGUCAGAGCGCAUGCUCCAUAAUACAAACAUUGGAGGUGGGGACGGUACAGCUAAAUAUUCACAUAUACUAUAAGAUGUUAUGUUAAUAAGCAGUAUUUUGUAUUUUGUAGGGGGCUUAUUUUGUAGGGGGCAUCUGCUUUACCAAGAUAUUAAGGCGUUAAAAGAAAUAUACUCCAAGAGAUAUGUGUAAUAUUCUUUUACAGUCUGUCCAAAUAUGACAAUCUUGAAUGAGAGUUCAGGAGUCAUCACCAGUCCUUUCUACCCCAGAUAUUAUUCUAAUAAGCAAAGCUGCAGCUGGGAAAUCAGGGCAAGAAAAGGAAAACGAAUUUCAUUAACUAUUGAAGACAUGGAUUUUGAGGACAUGGAUAUUGAUUCGUCAGGUGAUUGGGCGUGCGGCGAAGGAUGGUCUUGCUCUUGUGGGUAUUUGGAAAUUCAAGGUGGAUCCAUUUCACGCUAUGAUGGUCCCAAAUGGCGUUUAUGUUCCGUUCCUUUAACAGCCAACGCAACAGAUGUUUGGUUUAAAGAGAGAAUUAAAGUACUAUUUGUCCCCGACAGUACUUUAGGAUGGGGCUCUAGAUUUAAAAUAUCAUAUACUCAAGUUACCUGCGGUGUAUCUGGUAAGGAAAUACUGCUUAUUUCCUUUUGUGGAAGUGAAAAUGACAAAACCUUAACGCCAAGCUAG